AGGAAGGAAGGUAGGCAGGCAGGAGGAAGGGAAGGAAGGAGAGAAGGGAGGGAGGGAGGGAGGAAGAUAAGAAGGAAGGAAGGGGGAGGGAGGAAGAGGGAAGGAAGGAAGGGAGGGGAGGAAGGUAAGAAAGAAGGAGGGAGGGAGGGAGAAGAGGAAGAGAACAUUGAAAGAAGUAGCUUUGCACGUUUGUGUAUCCCCAGGGCCUAGCCAGGGCCCUGCACAUAGUAGGUGUCCGGUCAAUGUCUGUUGGACGUCCGUGAAUGAUGAAUGGGUGUCUCCAGUGCUCAAGGUCCCAGGUCAGAGCUGGCAGUCUCUUCUGGGUUGGGCCGGCUCUCCCCAGGGGUGACCUUGCAUCUGCCCUGGCAGGUGGAUGAGCAGAUUCACGCGUGCUACGCACAGACCAUGGCUGAAUGGCUGGGCUGCGAGGCCAUCGUGCGGCAGAGGGAGCGGGAAUCCCACGCGGCUGCCUUGGCUAAAUGCUCAUCAGGGGCCAGCCUGGACAGCCACCUGCACCGGAUGAUGCACCGGGACUCCACCAUCAGCAAUGAGUCCUCCCAGAGCUGCAGUUCAGGCCGCCAGCACGUCCGCCUGCAGAGCGACUCCAGCAGCAGCACACAGGUGUUUGAGUCUGUGGACGAAGUGGAGCAGGUGGAGGCAGAAGGCAGGUUGGAGGAGAGACAGCCCAAGAUCCCCAACGGGAACCUGGUGAAUGGCACCUGUUCCCCGGACUCCGGCCAUCCGUCAUCCCACAACUUCUCCUCGGGCCUCUCGGAGCCCUCGGAACCCAGCCUGAGCACGGAGGACAGUGUCAUGGACGCCCAGCGGAAUGCCCCUCUGGUGCUUCGACCUGGGGACAGCAGCGUGGAUGACGGGCAGAGCAGUGAGGCCACCACCUCCCGGGAUGAGGCCCCCCGCGAGGACCUGGCCGUGCAGGACAGCCUGGAGAGCGACCUCCUCGCCAACGAGAGCAUGGACGAGUUCAUGUCCCUCACUGGCAGCAUGGAUGUGGCCCUGCCCGGAAAGGAGGGGGCCGCGAUGGAGGGCUGGGGAGACAGUGAGGUGGGGAAGCACAGCCGUGUGGACAGUGAGGACAACCUCUCAGAGGAGCCCGAGAUGGAAAGUCUCUUCCCCGCCCUGGCCUCUCUGGCCGUGGCCACUUCUGCCAACAACGAGGCGUCCCCCGUGUCUUCCAGUGGCGUCACUUACUCUCCGGAGCUCCUGGACCUGUACACCGUCAACCUGCACCGCAUCGAGAAGGACGUGCAGCGCUGUGACCGCAGCUACUGGUACUUCACGCCCCCCAACCUGGAAAAGCUGCGGAACGUCAUGUGCAGCUACAUCUGGCAGCACAUUGAGAUCGGCUAUGUCCAGGGCAUGUGUGACCUCCUGGCUCCACUGCUGGUCAUCCUGGAUGACGAGGCCCUGGCCUUCAGCUGCUUCACGGAGCUCAUGAAGAGGAUGAACCAGAACUUUCCCCAUGGGGGCGCCAUGGACACGCACUUUGCCAACAUGAGGUCGCUGAUCCAGAUUCUGGACUCCGAGCUCUUUGAGUUGAUGCAUCAGAACGGGGACUACACUCACUUCUACUUCUGCUACCGCUGGUUCCUGCUGGAUUUCAAGCGAGAACUUGUCUACGAUGACGUCUUCUCUGUCUGGGAGACCAUCUGGGCAGCCAAGCACGUCUCGUCCGCCCACUACGUCCUGUUCAUCGCGCUGGCUCUGGUGGAGGUCUACCGUGACAUCAUCUUGGAGAACAAUAUGGAUUUCACAGACAUCAUCAAAUUCUUUAACGAAAUGGCUGAGCGGCACAACACCAAACACGUCCUGAAGCUGGCCCGGGACCUCGUGUACAAGGUGCAGACUCUGAUUGAGAACAAGUGAGGGCCACCUCACCCCGGCCCUGUCAGCCGUGCCGCCACACACCUGUCCAGCCCGCUUUUCCUCGCGGCGGCCCCGGGAGCGAGGUCCUGGUGUCUGUUCAUGAGCAUGGACUUCUGUGCAGAGAGAAACUGCCCCAACUUUGGCCGCCAGGCAGGUGGGGUCGAGGGUUUGCCCCUUGAGUUCAGCCUUACGUUUUCCUGUUUGACCAAAGAUUGUCCAAGUCUGGGAUUUCUCCCUUGUGGGAGUUGGGGUACGUCAGUGGAUGGAGGGAACAGUUUCAUUUGUGGUCUCCAGAAUGGUUGCCUCUCUCUUAUUCUGUCCCAACCCCUCCAAACUGUUCAGUCAGGGGAGACUUGGGGAAGGAGUUUUUCUUGGGGAACUAGUGUAGGAGAGGUCUGUGGGGCUACCUCUAUACUCUGAAAGGGGCCUCUGGAGAUGUUCCAGAACAUGGCCGGCAGGCAGGCUUGGAGCAGAGUUUCUGCACCUCCCUCGGCGCUGUUGACGUGGUGCUGGGUGAACCGUCUUCUGAGAGGGGUCGUCCUGUGCAUUGUUGAAAGGUAAGCAGCAUCGCUGGCCUCUGCCUGCAAGAUGCCAGUAGCGCCCCCUCCCCAACCCAGCUGUGACAACCCGAAGGGUUUGCAGAUCUUGCCACAUGUCCCCACUUGAGAACCAGUGGCACAGAGGAGGGGCUGCAAGUGUAUCUCUUUCCCCCCCUUUUGUUUAACCACCUGCUCCUGAGGCUUUCUCCCACUUAGAAAAGGCACACAGGAGUCCACAUCUCUCUCGGGACUUGGAUUCUGUUUGUUGUGGUCUCUCAUUUUUUUUCUCCUCCACCUGACCCCAGGAGAGACUUCUUUCCUUCUUUUCAAGAAAGCCUCUCCCUGAGAGGCUCCCCGGAGAGGGAGGGAAGGGCGGAAGGGCGGAACAGUGAGAAGUGUGGUAGGUGUGAGUUAGCCCGAGGUCCCGCCCAAAGCCCUCCAGACAGGGUGGAGUCCACAUCCCUUUCUUCACCUCCUAGGGAAGAUCUCGCCUCUCCUUCUGCACUUUGGGUCUGAUGCUCCAGAAGUUUGGAAGGUGUGUGUGAGUGGCCGCCACUUCAAGGGAGGUGGGGGAAGCUGGCUUUUCCCUAGGUGCCUUUGAUCACUCAGGACAAAGGAAGAACAGGAAGGCAGAGGUCCACCAGAGUAGACUGUGAUGGGUGUUUUCCUUGGAAAAUAUGCUGAUGAACUGGCCCCCGGAACAUGGAUGGCUGAGUCUGGAAGCGGUCCCCUCCGGGUCUUCACGCAAAGGGUCGCCAGUCACAAACAGACCCCGAGUCAGCUGGUUCACCCUGCCUACCUGUCCUUUGAUAGAGCAGUCCUGCCAGCUCUUUUCUGAGAACACACAUGGGAGAAACAGAGUCAGGUUGGAAGGCUUCUCCCCAGAAUGGAAGGUAGGAUUUUGGAGUGGGGAGGAGACUCAUAAGCAUAAGGAAGCAUUCACAGAGAGGGUACAUUAGUCCUCUGUCCUGAGCAAACCAGGAGGGGGAGGAACCCCUACCCUGCGUGCUUGUGAAGGCUCGCCCUUGGGCCCCAGUGCCUUCAACUGCAUCCCUACCCCCCAGCCCCCCACAUGGGGCCUCCUGAGCAGGACAGACGAGACCUAAAUGUCCCUUGCCUCUGAAGAAUGUGCUCCGUGAAAAUUGUACCUCCUGGCUCUGGUCCCCCACCUUCCCAAGAUGAGGAAAACACAUCCAGAUCAAAGUUUUCCUAGCCACUCAGCUCUUCGUUACAGAGGACAUUAUUUUAGCAAGACCCGGGUCCCAGACCUUCCGAUUCUGAUUUAUUUUUCUCGACAGACUAGUCCCAAAGUAUAGCACACAAUCUCUUCUCCGCCUUCUCUCGUGGUGUUCCAGAGAAGUGUCCGUGGUUGUGAUUUGGAACAACUCCUAUUUGUUCAGCUUACAGUGUUUAUUUUGGUCUCCGUACAUUGUGCGUCCUUGUGUCCGGGAAUCGAGUGCGUGGGAGUCAUUCUGUCCGUGGAGUGCCCUCCUCCUUCUCUCAGUGUUGCCAACAUAUCUUGUAACUGUUUACUGAAGAGUUGUGUCUAUAGAGAGAGAAAAUAUAUAUAAACAGAGA